AUGCAUUGCUCAAAGCGAGUGUUAACCUUUCUCGCGAUUCUAUUAAGUCUCAGGCAUACAAGUGAUGGUCAAAAACAUAAAAGGUACUUUAGAAGUGAUUAUAUAUACCUGCCAAUAUCCAACGGAUUUUACAAAGUGCACCAGCAACCUCGCAAUUGGUCUGAGGCCGAUCUCAUAUGUGGACUAGAGGGGGCCAGUCUGUUCUACCCCGAGAGUAAAGCGGAGGCAGACGAAGUGUUAAAACUUGGUCGGCAUAAUAAUGGUCAUAAAUUAUUUUUCGUGGGUGUCCAUGAUGUUUUGGGCAAUGGAGAAUUUAAAACUGUUGAUGGACGCCUCCUAUCGGAGGUGUACAACUUCAUAAUUAUUGAGGAUUCCUCCAGAGCGGAUGGGACAGCGAAGUGUGCCACGAUAAGUACCUACUAUCAAACGGGCACUGUUGCCCACUGCAGUAAAACUUUUCCUUUUAUAUGUAAAAAACCCUUCGAUUCGUUGCAAUGGAACCAAGAUUGCGAUGCAUAUAAUUUAGAUUACAAGUAUAAUGGCACCCUAGGUGGUUGCUACAAAUUCCACCUAAACACAGCGCGUUGGAUCGACGCUUUCAACUUUUGCCAGCUUGAAGAAUCCUACCUAGCAAUAAUAGAUAGUCAAGCUGAAUCAGAUUUCUUUGUGGAAAUGGCCAAUAUAACCGAGAAGGAAGAAAUCACUUCGGGAUCUAUUCAUUUAGGGUUCUCUAAAAUAGGCGGCAAUUGGAUAACUGUGAAGAAUACUUCUUUACCGUAUCCAAAGUGGGGCUACAUGCAACCUGACUUAGGAGAUGAUAGAAUAUGUGGGGCCAUGCUGUACAACGGAGACCUCAAUGAUGUGCAGUGCGAAGAAAGGACCUUCUUUAUUUGUGAACGUGAUGUUAAAAACAACUUUCCAAAAGUAUGA